UUUUAAUGCGAUAGACCGGACAUAACUCAAUGUUUGAAUGCUUAUCACAAGCCAAUUUUACUUGCGCUUUUGAAUGGAAGUCUUAAGCAGCCGCUAACCACGUAUAAAAAUAGUUGCUUCACGGUGCGGCGGCAUAAUGCAACCUUGACCCUGCCUUGGCUACUAGCACAUGAUCGAAGCUUUGCAUACUUCAACGACAGCCCAGCUACCAGAAAAGAAGUGAACGCGACAGAGUGACUCUGUCCUUGGCUUUAUAGUGCGGAGAAGGUCACCCCUCCAUGGUGCGAUUCCAUUGGCACGUUGAGGAUGGCCUGGGUGCCAGUGUUGGACCAGGGCAGUUGGUAUACCUCAGAGACUAUGGCGUGCUGCAAGCAAUGGUUGAAAUCGAGAUGCCCGGGGGUGGCACCUUGGAGGCGUGCAUGACCAUUCCGCAGAACUACAACACCGACUCCGGGGUGAAGGAGCUGGGAGUGGUGCUGGCCGCUCCCGGCUGCGAGGCGGGCGACUGGCGGGGCAGGCUGCUGAGCGAGGUGGCGGUGGGGCUGGCGAGGUCAGGCUUCCUGGUGGUCCGCGCCAUCUUUCCGCCCGCCGCCCGCUCCGACCCCGCCCGCGCCGCGCUGCUGGACCGCGUGUGCGACGCAGCGGCCACCAGCCCCUACGCGCGCGGGGUGACGCGCUGGCUGCUGGCGGGGCUGGGCGGCGGGGCGCGGGUGGCGGCGCUGGCGGGGCCGCGGCUGCGGAGCGGGGUGGCGGGGUACGCGCUGCUGUCGUACCCGCUGAUGGAGCCCAUGCAGCUGGAGGAUCCACAGCAGCAGCAGCAGCCAGGCUCCCCAACCUCCACCCCGCCGGCGGCAGCAGCCGCCCCGGACUCCUCCGGGCCGCUGCUGGGCCUGACGGCGCCCCUGCUGUUCGUGACGGCCGCCACUGACCCGUGGGUCAGCGAGGCGGCACUGGUGGAACUGGGACCGCGGCUGGCUAGCCCGGAUGUACGGAGCGUGGUGGUGCCGGACGUGGACAGCCACUUCCGCACCCCCACCGGCAAGGGCCCCCUGGCCCCCACCGUGCGGGCGGUGCUGGCGGCGCUGUUGGAGCUGCUGCAUCCGGCCGCAGCGUACCGCAUGGACGUGUGCAAGCUGCCGCGGAUAUGGAGGGC